AUGGAGUCUUCCAAGUUCACUACUGCUCGGUCGAACCUCUCGCCGGAUAGUUGGGAUACUCACGUCCAUGUGUUCGACGCAUCAAUAGGGCCCUUUGCGCCCGGCAGAUCGUACACGCCCGCUCGGGCGACGGCACAACAGCUCUUGGAUUUCAGUUCCAGUCUAACCCGGGCAACACCUCUCAACAUCGUACUUGUUCAACCAUCGCCGUACGGAAGCGAUAAUACAGUGCUUUUGCGUUCGCUGAAAAGCUUGCGCGAAGGUGGCAGUCGCAUCGUCCGGGGUAUCGCCGUGGUGGACAUUGAGAAGAUUUCUGACGCAAAUCUCAUGGAACUGCAUGAUGCGGGCGUUCGCGGGUUGAGAAUCAACAAGCAAGCAGAUGGCAAGUCGACAGAUCUCAACGCACUUAAAGACACUAUUUUGCAGACCGCUUCGAGGAUUCAAUACCUCCCAGGCUGGAAGAUUCAGCUAUUUUGCGCUCCUGCUAUGUGGGAAGUCGCCCUUCCAGUUCAAGUUAUUGCAGACCACGUCGGCGGGAUGCGGGCUCUAUCCAAAUUGCAGCUCAACGCGGCAACAAGCAGCCUAGACGAUCCCACGAAGCAGCCCGGCUUCGAAGCUCUUGUUAAACUCGCAAGAGCCUCAAAGGUCAUUGUCAAGCUUUCGGGAUUCUAUCGACUAUCUGAUAGGACGGAAUCCGGUUGCGAUGAUAUGGAGCCAAUUGUCAAGGCCUUGGUUGAGGCGGUUCCGCAUCGCUUGGUUUGGGGCAGCGACUGGCCUCAUACUGGGGAGGGUAAAGAUCGUGUGAAUCGAGGCUUGGAGGCGGUGGAAGAGUUUAGAGAGAUUGACGACGCCCGGAUCAUCCAAAACUUGAGAAGCUGGGUUGAGGACGAGAAGGCGUGGAUGGGUUUAAUGGUUCGGAACCCCGCGGGAUUCUACGCUUGA